GACGACGGCAGCAGUAGCAGCAGCAGCAGCAAAAUGAGGGAAAUCGUACAUUUGCAAGCCGGCCAGUGCGGCAACCAGAUCGGUGCAAAGUUUUGGGAGGUGAUUUCCGAGGAGCACGGCAUCGAUCAAUCUGGAGUUUAUCGCGGCGAAAGCGAUCUGCAGCUCGAAAGAAUCUCCGUUUACUACAAUGAAGCAACUGUUGCCUCGCUGUCCAACGGCGGCAAGUACGUGCCGCGGGCGAUCCUGCUGGACCUCGAGCCCGGCACCAUGGACGCGGUGCGCUCCGGCGCCUACGGCAAGCUCUUCCGGCCGGACAACUUCGUCUUCGGGCAGUCGGGCGCCGGCAACAAUUGGGCCAAGGGCCACUACACCGAGGGCGCCGAGCUCGUCGACUCGGUCCUCGACGUCGUGCGCAAAGAGGCCGAGAACUGCGACUGUCUCCAGGGCUUCCAGCUGACCCACUCGCUCGGUGGUGGCACCGGAUCCGGCAUGGGCACCCUGCUCAUCUCCAAAAUCCGCGAGGAAUACCCCGACAGGAUCAUGAACACCUACUCGGUGAUGCCAUCGCCAAAGGUCUCGGAUACGGUGGUCGAACCCUACAAUGCCACAUUGUCCGUACACCAAUUGGUCGAGAAUACCGACGAGACUUACUGCAUCGACAACGAAGCUCUCUAUGACAUCUGCUUCAGAACUCUUAAGGUCUCCAAUCCGUCCUACAGCGAUCUCAAUCAUCUGGUCUCGCUGACGAUGUCGGGCGUCACCACCUGUCUGCGCUUCCCCGGCCAGCUGAACGCCGACUUGAGAAAACUCGCCGUCAACAUGGUGCCCUUUCCGCGCCUCCACUUCUUCAUGCCGGGCUUCGCGCCGCUGACCUCGCGCUCGAUGCAGCAGUACUCGGCCCUGUCCGUGCCCGAGCUCACCCAGCAGAUGUUCGACGCCAAGAACAUGAUGGCGGCGUGCGAUCCGCGCCACGGCCGCUACCUCACCGUGGCCGCCGUAUUUCGCGGUCGCAUGUCCAUGAAGGAGGUCGACGAGCAGAUGCUCAGCGUCCAGAACAAGAACAGCUCGUACUUCGUCGAGUGGAUCCCCAACAACGUCAAGACCGCCGUGUGCGACAUCCCACCUCGUGGCCUCAAGAUGUCCGCCACCUUCAUCGGCAACACCACCGCCAUCCAGGAGCUGUUCAAGCGCAUCUCCGAGCAGUUCAGCGCCAUGUUCAGGCGGAAGGCCUUCCUGCACUGGUACACGGGCGAGGGCAUGGACGAGAUGGAGUUCACCGAGGCCGAGUCCAACAUGAACGACCUCGUGUCCGAGUAUCAGCAGUACCAGGAGGCCACCACCGACGAGGACUUCGAGACGGAGGACGCGGGCGACGAUUUCGAGACGUGCGACCAGGAGUAGAGAGACGAAAACGAGAAGAGGGGCGCGCGCCGCGUAAUUUCAACUCGAUCUCGUUAUACAGUCGAAUGGAGAAGGAAAAAAAAAUAUAAAUAUAUAUUUAUGGAGAUUCGAAAAUGCUAUUUGAGAGUAAUUUUAUGAAAAAAUCAAAAUGAAUGAUUUGCAUGUUAUGCUGCGAAUGGUUUAAAAUCUCUGGAGAAUAAUUAUCUCUCGUUUCGAAACUGGAGUAUUUUAAUGCAUUUUCAUCGUAUAUUAUUUUAUAUUAUUCAAAAAAAAAAGCUAAUAGUCAAAGGUCCAACCUAAAGAUUAUCAAGUCAAACUCAUCAUUGACAAUAUUAUUGUUGAGUGAGCUUAAAAAAAAGAUAAUUUAUACUUUUUUUACUUAGAUACCAAAUGAUUCAGGAUGGUAAAUGAAAAUAUUGAUAAUUGCGACAGAUCUGUAAAAAAAAAAUUGGACACUAAUGAACUAUUCGACAAUCAAGUUAUUAAAAUAUUAUGAGAUGAUAUAAUAAAAUUGAAAAUUAAUUUUGUUGUAUGGCAUAAAUUUCUAUUUCAGAAUGUAUCACUUUUUAAAAAUUGUCGCCGAUACCGACGAUUCAUAUAUUUAUAUUGUUUACAAAAUGUUUCGUGUAUGAUAAUUUUAAAAUACCAAGAGCACAUUUAUAAAUUAUAAGUAAACUAGAUUCUAGGUAGAAAUAAUUUCUAACAAUAUCAACAAUCGAAAAAGCACGAUUAAAAUUAAACUCGAUUAAAUUUAAGUUUACUCAUGAAAUUUUAAAACAUAUAUACCAAAAAAGCGUUGAUAAUUUUAAUUACCUUAUACAUUAACGCCAAAGUUUGUAAACCAAAUUUUUUUUUACGUAUUAUUGGGUUAAUUUUUACACUCAUGUAUUUAUGUAUGAAUUCGCUGAUAAGCAAUCAUGACGUUUAAUUAUUAUUUUAAUAAAUAAUAGGAAAUGUAUUCAAGAGAGAUGCUUA